GAGGAGACGGGGGAAGGAAAACGAGAGUGGGAGGUCCGCAGCUCCAGCAGUUCGGCGCAACGUGUUGGGUCGCUGUCGGGUUUAGAGACAGAUCUGUAUAACAGUCGCCAUGUCUACCAAUGAGAAUGCUGCGGCAAUGGCUGCCCGCCUGAACAGAUUCAAGAACAAGGGCAAAGAUUCCAAUGAAAUGAGGCGACGACGAAUGGAAGUCAAUGUAGAGCUGAGAAAAGCUAAAAAAGAUGACCAAAUGCUUAAAAGGCGAAAUGUAGGCACUUUUCCAGAUGAUGCUACUUCACCUCUGCAAGAAAAUCGGGGCAAUCAGGUUGCUGUCCACUGGUCUGUUGAAGAAAUUGUCAAAGGCAUUAACAAUACUAAUUUAGAAUUCCAGCUGCAGGCUACUCAGGCUGCCAGGAAACUGCUAUCCCGAGAAAAGCAGCCCCCUAUAGACCAGAUUAUUAGGGCUGGCUUGAUACCAAAAUUUGUGUCCUUUUUGGGAAAAGCAAAUUGCAGCCCUAUUCAGUUUGAAGCUGCUUGGGCACUGACCAAUAUUGCUUCCGGCACAUCAGACCAGACAAAAGCUGUAGUAGAUGGUGGAGCAAUUCCUGCCUUUAUAUCUCUACUGGCUUCUCCUCAUACUCACAUUAGUGAGCAAGCUGUAUGGGCUUUGGGGAAUAUUGCAGGUGAUGGCUCUGCUUAUAGAGACUUAGUUAUUAAAUAUGGUGCACUCGAUCCACUUUUGGCUCUGCUUGCUGUUCCUGAUCUCUCUUCUAUAACUCUUGGCUACCUGCGUAACAUAACUUGGACUUUGUCAAACCUCUGCCGUAACAAGAACCCUGCACCACCCAUUGAAGCUGUUGAACAGAUUCUGCCCACUUUAGUUCGCCUAUUGCAUUACCAUGACCAUGAAGUUUUGGCAGACACAUGCUGGGCUAUUUCUUAUUUGACUGAUGGCUCAAAUGAUAGAAUUGAAGUAGUGGUCAAAACUGGCCUAGUGCCACAAUUGGUGAAACUGCUAGCAUGUGGAGAAGUUCCAAUAAUGACUCCAUCAUUAAGAGCUAUAGGAAACAUUGUAACUGGGACUGAUGAGCAAACCCAAAGUGUAAUAGAUGCUGGAGCACUAGCUGUCUUCCCAAGUCUGCUUAUUCACCCCAAAAACAACAUCCAGAAAGAAGCUGCGUGGACUAUGUCUAAUAUAACUGCUGGCCGCCAGGAUCAGAUCCAGAAGGUUGUGGACCAUGGGCUUGUUCCAUAUCUUGUUAGCAUCUUGAAAAAGGGAGACUUUAAAUCCCAGAAGGAAGCUAUAUGGGCAGUGACCAACUAUACAAGUGGAGGAACAAUUGGCCAGAUCAUUUACCUUGUCCAGACAGGUGUAUUAGAGCCAUUAUUGGAUCUACUUGUGGUUAAAGACAGCAAAACAGUCCUGGUGAUUCUGGAUGCUAUUACUAAUAUUUUUAUGGCAGCUGAAAAAAUAGGUGAGAUUGAAAAGCUGUGCAUUUUGAUUGAAGAAUGUGGUGGCUUAGACAAAAUUGAAGCUCUACAAUCCCAUGAAAAUGAGCAGAUUUACAAAUCGGCUGCAACUCUGAUUGAAAAAUAUUUUUCAGCAGAGGAGGAAGAUGAUAAUGUUGUUCCAGAGUCUGGUUCUGAUGCAUAUACAUUCCAAAUUCAAGACAGUCCUGAUACCUUCAAGUUUUAAGUCUCUUGACCGUCUUCAGCCUGUUUUUUUUCCCACUUUCUGUUCUGUCUCUUGCACUGCCUUUUUUCUAUGUGAAAUGUGAAAUAGCACUUUGUUUCAACUAAAACUACUUGAACAGAUCAUGGCAGUUACAUAUGCCAAGUGAACUUGUGUCUUCUACUUAUAUGUCCUUUUUUUACUCUGUAAAUUCUCCAGUUCUGAAUCUACUGCCUUUCAGUAGUGGAUGUACCUAGAUUAUAUCCGUACUACAGUUAGCUAGACAGAAAUGGUUUGUGAAUUUUCACUCUCCGUUUGGUUUGCAGAACAUACAAUGUUCAUUAGCAAAAGCAAAUCUCUCAGACGGAUUUUAAAGAAUACUUGUUCAAAUGAAAUAAAGAGUACUUGUUGAAAUGAAAUAUUUGAGUAUCAUCCAAAGUAUAAAAAAUCUUUUUCUGGAGAUGCAAAAGAAUGCCUGUUAUUGUGCUUUCUAUUUUAAAGAGAACUAACACAGACGAGACCACUUAAUCUUGCUGCAUGUCAACAACUCUUUAUACAUGUAUCAGAGUCAUGUUAGUAGAAUGAAAAUUAUUUGGGGCAGGAAAAGAUGGCAAAUGCAAAUUGAAACAUUGAUUUAUUGUUCU